UGCCCUCAUUCAGUCCUGUACUGAAACAGAAGAGAUCAUGGCAGAUAAUUCCACCAGUGACCCUCACUUCUUUAGGCAACAACUUAACACGGCUGAUAUUGUUGUCAUCGCAGUGUAUUUUGCUUUAAAUGUAGCUGUGGGAAUAUGGUCUUCAUGCAGAGUCAACAGAAACACACUGAAUGGAUACUUUCUUGCAGGAAGGGACAUGACAUGGUGGCCAAUUGGAGCCUCUCUCUUUGCCAGCAGUGAAGGAUCUGGACUAUUCAUUGGACUGGCUGGGUCAGGUGCAGCAGGAGGAUUGGCCGUAGCUGGCUUUGAGUGGAAUGCAACAUAUGUAUUGCUGGCCCUGGCAUGGGUAUUUGUGCCCAUCUACAUCUCUUCAGAGAUUGUCACCAUGCCCGAGUACCUUCAGAAGAGAUACGGAAAGUCCAGGAUACGCAUGUACUUGUCCAUAUUGUCACUGCUGCUGUCUGUUUUCACCAAGAUAUCUAUUGACUUGUAUGCAGGGUCCCUCUUUGUACAAAUCUGUCUGGGCUGGAGUUUUUACCUGUCUACUGGCUUAGUGUUGGUGAUCACAGCACUUUACACUGUUGCAGGUGGCCUGGCUGCUGUCAUCUACACUGAUGCAUUACAGACAUUGAUUAUGGUAGUUGGGGCAAUCAUCCUGACAAUCAAAGCUUUUGACCAAAUUGGGGGUUAUAACCAGUUGGAAGCGGCUUACUUACAGGCAAUACCAAACAAGACCAUCCCUAACACAACAUGCCACCUGCCCCGGGCUGAUGCCAUGCACAUGUUCCGAGACCCCCGCUCUGGAGACCUCCCAUGGACUGGGAUGACCUUCGGUUUAACCAUCAUGGCCACAUGGUACUGGUGCACUGAUCAGGUCAUAGUACAGAGGUCCCUUUCUGCCAGGAACCUGAAUCAUGCUAAAGCAGGCUCCAUCCUCGCCAGUUACCUAAAGAUGCUACCCAUGAUCCUCAUCAUUAUGCCAGGCAUGAUUAGUCGGGCACUAUACCCAGAUGAUGUGGGCUGUGUAGUGACAUCUGAGUGCCUGAGGGCCUGUGGGACCGAAGUGGGCUGCUCCAACAUCGCCUACCCCAAACUAGUGAUGGAGUUGAUGCCCAUGGGACUUCGGGGACUGAUGAUUGCUGUCAUGAUGGCUGCCUUGAUGUCCUCCUUGACUUCCAUCUUCAAUAGUAGCAGCACACUUUUCACUAUGGACAUCUGGAGGAAGCUGAGACCUCAAGCAGGAGAGAAGGAGCUUCUGUUGGUGGGCAGGUUGGUUAUUGUGGUCCUCAUUGGCAUUAGUGUAGUCUGGAUCCCAGUCCUCCAGGGCUCCAAAAGUGGCCAGCUCUUCAUCUACAUGCAGGUGGUCACCAGUUCCCUGGCACCCCCGGUCACAGGUGUCUUCAUCCUAGGAGUAUUUUGGAAUCGGGCCAAUGAACAGGGGGCCUUCUGGGGCCUGAUGACAGGACUAGUAGUGGGAGCUACCCGGAUGAUCCUGGAAUUUGUUUACCCUGAGCCACCUUGCGGCUUCCCAGAUAACCGGCCAGCUGUGCUCCACAGCUUUCACUAUCUUCACUUCUCCAUAGUGCUCUUCUCCAUCACAGUUGCUGUAGGUACUGCUGUUAGUCUGCUAACUCCGCCUCCUGAUGAAUCUCAGAUCAAGAAUUUAACAUGGUGGACUCUUUCCAAGGACAAUCUUUUAGAGGCUCUUCCUGAAGCUACUGAUGUGGGACACAAAGCUGGAAAGAAGCAAACUGCCUUCUGGACCCGAGUCUGCAACUUCAAUGCCAUUCUGCUUUUGUGUGUCAACAUAUUCUUUUAUGCCUAUUUUGCCUGAUGGUGGCCAUUUUCUGGGAAGCCAGAGGACUGUGGAAGAGGCCCUCAGGGAUGUAACAGAUAUUUGUCCCAAUUAGAAUUCUAGAAAAGGAUCAUAGACUUAGUAGAGCUGAUAGGACCAUCUAGUCCAAAUCAUUGAGAAGGGAAGUGACUUGCCCAGAGUUAUACAGCAUGUUGCUGGAGACCUAGGAUUGAAAUCCAAGGCUUCUGACUUCCAGGGCAAUACUAUUUCUAUUAAACUGAGUUUCCUUUCUUUUCCUAGUCCAAAAGCAUUAAGGCUGUUGGGAAGUUCCUAUAGGAACAUGUUUCCUUUGAUACUGAAUUGUCCCACCAAUACCACCAUCAUUACCAAUCACCACUGUGUGUUAAAAUCCUUAAAAAUGCCUUCAGUUUAGGAAUCCACUGGAAUCCACUCUGUAGAUUCCAGAGCCUGGAACAAUCUGCCUGGGAUCUCUAGCCCCACUCCCUGCUCCUAAUCAUCAUUACUUAAGGCAAUGUCAGAGAGACUGAGCUCUGCUCCCAAAUAGCUGUGUGAUCUUGGGAAAGUCAGUUUCCUCUGGGAUUCAGUUUCCUCAUCUAUUAAAUGAGAGGACUGAAUCAGGUGAUUUCUAGGUUCUUUAGGGAUCGAAUAUUCUAUAACUCCUGACUAUUCCUUUCCCCCCUACCCCUAGCCUAUGGCUGAGUCCAAAGCACCCUUCACAUGUCCAGCUUCCCCAGAAUGGGCUCCUCCCUCCUUCACAUUUUGAAUCUAUAACUCAGUGAAUUCCUCAUCUUGAGAUCUGGAUAGGGAAUGGGGGAAAGGGGAGUGUAUGGGCCUUGAGGUUCAGUGAGAUUUGAUUAGGAAGCCAUGAGUCUGUGUAGUAGUUAGGGGAAAAGCCAAUAGCCUACCUCAUCCUAAUCAGUAUGGCAGAACCAGAGGGUAACCAAACACCCUACAAGACUUUAUAGGCCUCCCAAGGAGCACUUCCUAUCUAUAUCACUUGGUUUCUGGCCAAACACUAAGCACUUCUACGAUGUCCAUAAAGCCAGAUGCAAAGGCAAAUCAGCUCAGAGUCUGGCAUGCUUCCCAGGAGCCAUUAUGGCAUGUACAUUUAUGAGUCAGUCCCUCCUAACCCCACAAGUGUUCCCUAGGGCCCAGGGAACCGUAGUGUUGUUACAGCACUAUUUCUCCCAACCCUGAUGUGGGACCCUCAUCCCUUCACCAGUGGUACCCUAUUCUUCCCUUUGUCUGCCCAAGGGAACCUUUAUCACUGAACAACUCCAAUGUGCUCUAGGUCUUUAUCUGCUAGGGCUUAGGCAGGGGUCCUCAAACUACGGCCCGAGGGCCAGAUGCGGCAGUUGAGGACGCUUUUCCCCCUCACCCAGGGCU